GUAUUGUCACAUCAACAAACGUCAGAAACAACCACAAAAAAAAUAAAUUCCCGCAUGAAAAUUUAUUUUUUUUUUACGAAAAAAUAUUAAAUUUCUAUAAUAUUUUAAACGAAAAUGUUGAAUUUUUAAAAGAAAACAAUAACAGCAAGGCUAUUUAAACCUUGAAAACUAAAGUUUUACCACAAAAUUGCCAAAAUCAACAUAAUUCCAUUAAAAAACAUAGGAAGGUUCUUAGCAAAAUCUUAAACCAAAUAAAAGUAACAAAACGUAUUUAUUAAAAUAAAAUGUUGCCGCUUACGCAUCGUGAUCGUAGCAAUUGUAUGUACCGUAUCAAGGAUACAUUAAAUAGUUGGAAAAGAUUAAUUUUCUCGGAUAAGAAUUCGAGAAACUUAUUUCUUUUUCUUAUUUUAAAUUUAAGUUUUGCCUUUGUGGAACUAUUCUAUGGUAUAUGGACCAACAGUUUGGGUCUUAUAUCAGACUCAUUUCAUAUGUUCUUUGAUUGCACCGGUCUCUUGGCUGGUUUGGCAGCAUCAGUUAUUACAAAAUGGAAAGCUAACGAACGAUUCUCAUAUGGUUAUGUGAGAGCUGAGGUAUUAGCGGGUUUCGUUAAUAGUCUUUUCUUAAUAUUUGUGGCCUUCUUUAUAUUGUCGGAGGGUGUUGAACGUCUAAUAGAACCUCCAGAGGUGAAACAUGAAAGACUAUUUGUUGUCUCAGUAUUGGGUUUGCUGGUAAAUCUUGUGGGUAUUUAUGCCUUUAAUCAUGGUGGUCAUGGCCAUUCCCAUGGCGGUGGUGGCCAUGGUCAUUCGCAUGGUGGAGGCGGUGGACAUGGUCAUUCACAUGGUGGAUCCGGUGGUCAUUCACAUUCCAACAAUCAUUUGGAUUCGAAUAGUCAUCAAGCUAUCUUACUGGAUGAUGGUCACGGUCACUCACAUGGCGGUCACUCGCACAACGAUGAAGUUGGCGGUAGCAAUUCACAAAUUAUGCGCGGUGUCUUCCUGCACAUUUUAGCCGAUACACUCGGCUCUGUAGGUGUUAUUAUUUCUGCUGUUCUCAUGCAUUUAUUCGGCUGGAUGAUAGCCGAUCCAAUCUGUUCCAUUUUCAUCUCUAUCCUAAUUGUUCUGUCCGUCUUGAGUCUCAUCAAAGAAUCAAUUUAUGUAUUGAUGCAAAGACAACCGGUCAGUUUAGAUCGUUUACUACCUCAGUGCUAUCAAAAAGUCACCGGUUUGGCCGGUGUUUAUGCAGUACAAGAGCCUCACUUUUGGACUCUUUGUUCGGAUGUCUUUGUAGGUGCUAUAAAACUAGAAGUAUCACGUAAUAUUGAUCCAAAAUAUGUUGUUUCGCAUACACGUAUGAUUUUCGAAUCAAUAGGCGUUAAACAAAUCUAUAUACAAUUGGAUUAUGUGUGAUAAACUUUUCUUUUUAGUUUUAUUUAUAUGUAUGUACAAUAUUUAAAAUAGAAUAUGUAAAACAAGAAAGCCUGUUUUGCAAAUUAUUUUUCUCAAUAUUAAUAAUAACAGUUUUGUUUGGAUUUUUUUUGUACCAAUAACGUUACUAUUACUUUACAUUAGCAAUUUGUUAAAAAAUCUACUACUUAGAAAUUUUAAGGAUAAUUUCAUUUUCCAAGUUUUUUAAUUUUAUUAUUUAGAAAAUGUAGAACUAAGUUCUUAAUUGAAAUUUUUUUAGUGUUGAUUUUAAAAUUAUAUUAAUUUUUAAAAAAACUGUUCAUUCUUAUUACACAAACACAAAGUAGUAUUUAACAAGAGAAACAAAACUAACAAAUAAACGAACAGUUAAAAUUUUAA